GGCGCGCAGGCGCGAGCCGCUGGCGCGCACCUGGCGGGCGCGGGGCGGAAGCCGCAGAGCCCGCCCGGCUCCGGCCUCCCGGGGCUCCCGGUGAUCCCGGUGAUCCCGGUGCCCGCGGCCGCUCGCGCGGCAGCGCCUUCGCCUUCCUCCCGCCGGACGAGGUAUUAUAAUUCCAAGAAAUGCUGUGACCUGUUUGAAGAACACACUCACAGAAAGUUGUUGUGUGAAAUUUUUUAAAACUAGAAUGGCCUUGAAAAAAACACACAAACUAUUCAAGACACUUUUUCACUGGAAACUUUGGAAGUUUAGCAUUAUUGUGUUUGUCUUUUUGGUAUUUUUAUUUUUAUUGCAAAGAGAAGUGGGUGUUCAAGAUUUUAAAGAUGAAGCAGGAAUUGAGCCAGUUGUUGGAAAGAAAAGUCAUGUAUUAGGUCUUGUGUUAAAUGCUAUGAACAAUAUCAAAGGUGCAAAGCCAAAAAUGCAGAUAAAAGCACCAGUUAGGCAAACUAAGGUUCCUGGAGAGAGACACUGUUUGCCAGGGCACUAUACUGCAGUGGAACUAAAACCCUUUCUAGAUCGACCCCUUCAAGAUCCUAAUGCUCCUGGAGCUUCUGGUAAAGCAUUUAAAACCACCAACUUGAAUUCAGAAGAACAGAAAGAAAAACAACUUGGAGAAGAGAAACACUGUUUUAAUGCAUUUGCAAGUGAUAGGAUUUCUUUACACCGAGACCUUGGACCAGACACUCGACCUCCUGAAUGUAUUGAACAAAAGUUCAAGCGUUGCCCACCGCUGCCAACCACAAGUAUUAUAAUAGUUUUUCAUAAUGAAGCAUGGUCUACUCUGCUCAGAACUGUUCACAGUGUGAUGUACACAUCUCCUGCCAUUCUGCUAAAGGAGAUUAUUUUGGUGGACGAUGCCAGUGUAGAUGAAUACCUGCACGAUAAACUAGAUGAAUAUGUGAAACAGUUCCAAAUAGUUAAAGUAGUCCGUCAGAAGGAAAGAAAAGGUCUGAUCACGGCACGGUUGUUGGGAGCUUCCGUAGCAACAGGAGAGACCCUUACCUUUCUGGAUGCUCACUUGUUUGCUGCCAUUGUGUCCACAGGUGAAUGCUUUUAUGGCUGGUUAGAGCCAUUAUUGGCAAGAAUAGCUGAGAACCCUGUCGCUGUUGUAAGCCCUGACAUUGCUUCGAUAGAUCUCAAUACUUUUGAAUUCAGUAAACCAUCUCCUUACGGGCACAGCCAUAACAGAGGAAAUUUUGAUUGGAGUUUGUCAUUUGGAUGGGAGUCUCUUCCUAAACAUGAAAACAAAAGAAGAAAAGAUGAAACCUAUCCCAUUAGAACACCUACUUUUGCUGGAGGUCUCUUUUCAAUAUCAAAAGACUACUUUGAACACAUCGGAAGCUACGAUGAAGAAAUGGAAAUAUGGGGAGGUGAAAAUAUAGAAAUGUCUUUCAGAGUAUGGCAAUGUGGUGGACAGUUGGAGAUCAUGCCUUGCUCUGUUGUUGGCCAUGUCUUUCGCAGCAAGAGUCCCCACACUUUCCCAAAAGGUACUCAAGUGAUCACACGUAAUCAAGUUCGCCUUGCAGAAGUGUGGAUGGAUGAAUAUAAAGAAAUAUUUUACCGAAGAAACACAGAGGCAGCAAAAAUUGUGAAACAAAAAACAUUUGGAGACAUCUCAAAAAGACUUGAUUUGAGACAGCGUCUGCAGUGUAAAAAUUUUACCUGGUAUCUCAGUAAUGUUUAUCCAGAAGCAUAUGUGCCAGACCUGAAUCCCUUGUUUUCUGGAUAUUUAAAAAAUAUAGGAAACCACAUGUGUCUGGAUGUUGGUGAAAAUAACCAUGGUGGCAAACCACUGAUUAUGUAUUCUUGUCAUGGACUUGGAGGAAAUCAGGACUCGCAGUGUCAAGGAAGAUGUUGGUUGGAAUCCGGCCAAUGGGAGACCAAGUGUCCAGGCCUGAGCCACCUUCCCUAUCAUGCUUGCAGCCUCAUAGUGCGAGGUCACAGUGGCCUACCCUGCACUGGCUAGUGCAAGGGAAUAAUGUGAUCCCAUUUGUUCAAGAGGAGCUCUCUUUGGUGCAUAGCUCUUGGAGGCAGCAGUGGUUCUGUUCCUUCUACACUAUACCUUGCAAGAGAUGUGAGAUACUGAAUCCUUCAGUCACUACUGUAAUAACAAUAAAAGGAACAUCUUCCCUGCCCAGAAGUGCACUCUGUUGCCUCUAAGAGUCAAUAGAAUUUAACAGCUCUAGAUCCUUAAUAACUGAACAUUAGCAAAGGUUUUAAAGUUUUAGUUAGAAUAUAAUUGUUAUUUUGGGGGAUGUUAAGGAGUUUUUUUCAACCUUAAAAGCCAUCCAUUGACAGCACUAUGAAAAUUCAGACACAUAAUCCUAUAGUUAGUUGAUACUUUCCUAAUCCAUUUUUGUGGGAGUUGGCACACUGUCUAGAUUAGGAACUACCCUGUUAUGUUAGCUUCUUACAGUAUUGAACUUGGUUUUUUAUUCUGUUGUGGAUUAACACUAUAAUAGCCUUUUCACACUGUCACAGUCAGUAAUUCAGGAACACUGCACUGAGACAUUGUAUUAAGAGAUCUGCUGUAUGCUUCUAUUGUUCUCUCUCUCUAAGUUAUCUUGGACUGUACUAAAACUCUAUACUUUCAAGUGUUAAUGUUUUUUGUUUUUCCUCCUGCCAUAAAUAACAGUCUGAAGCCCUUUAAAUGCCAGCCUUCAGAGAACUUUAAUAUUGGUUUUGCUGGAAAUGCUCAAGGAAUGCAUAUUUGCUUACUUAACCCUUCUCAUUACAAUGCUCUGUUUUCAGUUGUUUUCUAUCCUUUGCCAGGCUUUUUUCACUGUAGGCUGAUAUUUUCCAUGUUACCUGUCAUCUUUGUCUAUAUAUUUGAGAUGGCAGAAGGGAGUGGCAGAUAGAACCUAAUUGUCAGAGUUGUACAUCAGUUGUAUAUUAUUCUUCCUUUUUAGAAUAUUCUGGGACGGUGAACAUGCCCAUCUCAAUAUCCAAAAUUAAUGAGGUUUUAAACCGAGCUUUCAAGUCAUAUUUUUGGGGCGUGAAGAGACUUUGAAGUUCAAAAGAUAAAUCAGGACAGAUUAAGUCAGAUUACCAGAUUAAGAGUAAAUUAUUAUGUCUGAGAGCUGAGUGACUAAGCAGGUCACUCCUAUCAGCACCUAUUUCAGGGAUUAAUGUUGGUCACAGAGUCUUAAGAGGGAGAUGCCUGUUUGUUCCUCAGUGCUAUUCCCAUUGCAUCCAGUGAGGAGGUGAUUGCUGACCAAUUGGACAGAUGGUUGAAAGCCACAAGGGAGUAACUGAGCCUGGUUUUAACAGUCAAAGAAAGAUACAGUGCAGGCGGCUGACAUGGAGCCAAGAAACAGGGGUAGUGGCAUGUAAUGAUAGGAACUCUGCUGUUUAAUGAGGGAGAAAAGGAAGAGACCAGGAUGUUAGGGUAGGGCUUAGAGGGAUAAAAGGACAGCAAUGUCUCUUAACUGUUACAAGUAAAUCCCUGUUAAGACCAGAAUUAUAGCCUAGAAUUCCUGAGCCUUAACAGUACUGUGCUGUCAGGAAAUCACGGUAAAAUUAACUCACAAAAUACAUGCUUAUAUUACUUUUCUAAUGGCUAGCUCACAAGAGAACAUAACAGCAUCCUAUUGUUGACAUUUAUUGUUUAGAUCAAGCAGAAAAAGUUGGCGCACAGCAAUAAUUAUUGUUCCGUGUGACUUUUUUUUGUUUUGCUCUAAGAAAAGACAAAAUCCAGCAACAGAAUUGAAUACAGAUUUUUAAAGUUAAGAAAUACCAAAAUUUAAGUUAUCUGUGCAACUAUCUCUAGUCUUUGGUUGGCUUCCUUGAAUUAUAUAUAAUCUGUGUGGGAGCACACAAUGAGAUAUUGCAUCAUAAUACAUAUGCAGCUAGAGUAAUUUGCAAUUUAUACAUGUAAAUAUUAAUUAGCAUUGCAUUAGUAUUAAAAAAUCCUUUUAGCUUUGUAAACACUUUUAAAGUGUAUGCUAAAACCCAAAAAUUAUUCUGUAGUCUCAAAUUUUUUAAUGAGAAAAGGCAUUUAUUACUUUGUAUAUGGGAACGUCAAAGAUUUUAAUACUUUUGCUUGGGUUUAUU